AAAUGACAUCAAAGGCAACAUAAUCACUUCUGUCACCUGUCAGUGAUCGAUACCUCUCGAAAUGGCUUUUAUCACAAAUUCCGAAGUAGUAGCCCCAAAGCUGAAAACGGUCUUGACCCCGCCGUCGAAAAAGGCCCCGUACGAGAUCCCUGAGAGAUACCGCAACUCCUUCUACUUGGCGAACGCGGCGUUCUUCGACAGCACCAACUGGUUUCUUCAUAGAGCCUUCGAAGUAGCCUUUCCCACACUCAAAGCCGAUUUGAAGAAGAUCCAACCAGAACUGAGUAAUGAUGAAGUAGCUGAGAAAGUCGAAGGGAUGGUGGGGGUUCUCGAUCAGUGCAACUCCGUGGUCGAUGUGAGGUUUCCCGUCAGAAGGGAAAGCGGCAAGUAUGAGGUGGUGAGAGGUUUCAGGGCCCAGCAUGGUUUUGCUAGCGGAUACGGUGCUUCUAUGGGUGGUUUUAGGAUAAACGAAAAUAUCACGAGAGACCACAUGAAAGCUUUGUCCGUACUAACGACAUAUCGAAAUGCCUGCAUGGGAAUAAACAUGGCUGGUGCUCAUGGCGGCUUGAAAAUAUGCCCUACAGAUUAUUCCGAAGGUGAACUCCAGAAUAUAGUGGAACAGUACGCCUCUGCGCUUAUUGAAAAAGGAUAUUGUAGUGAGAGAGACGUGAUUCAACCAGAUGUCAAUAGUUCUGCAAGAGAAAUGUCCUGGAUAUCAAGAUCGUUCGCCAAACACACAGGUUCAGUGUACGUAGCUGCGGUGGGGAAAUCCCCCGAAUGCGGGGGUUUAGGAAACUACAACGAAAUGCCAUCUCUGGGUGCAUCAGCUGCCUUGGACUUCAUUUUGACAAAUGAGCAGCUCAUGAAGAAAUGCGGUCUCACUCUAGGACUGAAAGAGAAAACAUUCAUCAUACAGGGUCUUGGAAAACUGGGUACACCUUUGGCUAGAUUGCUGGUGAAAAACGGAGCGAUAUGUGUUGGAGUCAAGGAUCAUGAUGCUUAUAUUUACGACGCUAAAGGAUUAGACCUGGAGGUACAAAUAGAAUAUUAAAUUCCUAAUUCUGAGAUAUAAGUCGAAAUUUCCUUUUUGAUUAAAAAAUUUCUUAAUUUUGAGCUUCNCACGGAGCAGUGCGACAUCCUGGUUUUCUCCGCCUAUCAGAAGAGCCUGAACUGUUACGUCGCCGACGGCGUCAAGGCCAAGUUGAUCCUCGAAGCAGCAGACGGUCCUGUAACGCCGACGGCUCACAGGAUUUUGACGGGGCGAUCGAAAAUUGUCGUUCCGGAUAUUUAUUCUUGCUCUGGAGGUACCGUCGCUUCCUAUUUGGAGUACUUGUGGAAUUUGCAGCACGCUGGUGGGUUCGGCGAGGAAAUUUUGAGUGCUUCCAGCGAUGUCUACCGACAUGCUUUAAAACAAAUAACAUGCUCCGAACAAAACUCACCUAUUUCUGCAGGUCCAGUAUCUGAAACAGCACUGGAAGUUGUUCCGAAAACUAUCAAACCAGUUCUAGAUGAUAUUGGAAAAGAAAUUCUGGAACUAGUUGACAGACACGGUUUGGGAACUGACAUCAGGACAGCUGCGUAUUUGGUAGCCAUACAGAAUAUUUUCAGAUCACUGUACAACCACAAGAAGUUCUUUUGAAAUUAAACGACUUGUCAAUCAUU